AUGUUCCUCUCCCUUCCCGCCGAGCUCCGCAUCAAGGUCUACAGACUUGUUCUCUGUUACCCAGAUGCCAUUGGAGAGUGGUCAAAAACUCUGGGGACGGCAUGGCUCGAAAACCCCUCGAGACUGGGUUCUCAACUGCUCCGGAUAUGCAAGCAAAUCCACGCCGAUGCCCUGCCCAUACUAUACGGCGAGAAUACGUUUGAGCUGGAGAUUUCCAACACAUGGGGCCCGUACUACUACGGCAUCGACUACCCGCCCGCCCUGUCGGGCAUUUGGGGGGAAAGGUUCGGGCGGGCUGCGCUGCCGCACCUGCGGAGACUCAGCAUCCGUGUGCGAUAUACAGAGGAUCAUAAGCUCUCGCUUAUCCGAGAAGCGGUGCGCGAGAUCGUGACGAAUCUACAGCGGUCGCCGCUUUCGUCGUGCAUCGAGUUCCUCCGGCUGGACUGCGAACUCGACUGCAACAACGAGAACGACGAAAUAAACUGGCGGCAUCCCUGCUGGAACGAUUACGAGGUCGAAGGUGACCGGAAACAGUGCAUCGGGGUGCUGAGAUUGUGGCUCGGCUGCCUACGCAAUGUUGAGGAGCUGGUUAUCGACGGGCUGCCGGAGAAAGAUGCGGACGUCUUGCGAGACAGGUGCCAAAACCGUAGCAAAGAGACCCCUGCGCUUGUCGACAUGUACGCGGCCCUGGAGCAGCACGUGGGUGCUACCUAUAAAGAAGACCUCGCAAAGGCGCUCUUGGCUGCUGAGGCGGACGAUAUCGAGAAGCUCAAAGCCACCACGGCAGAUAUCUUGGAGAAGAUGAGAGCGCGCUGGGAGGCCGUCAAGAAUGACGAGAAGCUUUGGCAGUUUGUAGGGCGUGAUCCGGCAUGA